AUGAGUACUCUCCUCCUUGCCGCCCUCGUGGGGGUGGCGUUCUGUCAGACUCAAGAGGCAUUCCAAGUGCCUCUGGUUCAUCCCGAACAACACCCGGAGUAUGAUCCCUGUCGCACUGGUGCUGCUUUAUAUACGCGCACUGUAACUGGUGUCACCUACAUCGAUAGUUACCACUCGACUAAACCUUUCAAUGCCCCAACUGCUUUUCCUGGGGCAACACCAAUCACGAGUUCUACUGUCCGUCCAGGAGCGACUUAUGUUCAGUGGAGAACCGUUCGGCCUACUCCCUUCUUUGUUCCUUGCGUGGAUCGAAAUGGCGGUUACUGGACUGUUCAAUACGAAAGGCGCAAGAUUUGUGAAGUGACGUCUUUCAAUCCUUUCUUGCUGUACGUUCCACCAGGAGGCACCAAGCCGCCACCCGCAGUUCAACCUCCUCAUGUUGCUAUAUGCGUCGAUAAGCCGCUCCCACCCCCACAGGGACCACCGGAACCAUUGGUACCCUGGGAUCCAGUGCCAGUCACUACAACCACGCCAGUCACAACCACGCCAGUCACAACUACAACGCCAAUCACAACCACGCCGGCCACAAAUACAACCAUGCCAGUCACAACCACACCGAUCACAGUCACAACUACGCCAGUCACAACCACACCAAUCACAGUCACAACUACGCCAGUCACAACCACACCAGUCACAACCACAACCACGCCAGUUACAACUACAGCCAAGCUCCCGCCUUGCGACCCAUCGGAAUGUCCCCCAUGCCCGCCCGUCCAAACCGUUUACAUUCGCGUCCAGGAUGGUGCAGGUAGCGGUUCCCCCGAGAUACUUCAUACUUGCAGAGCUACUCAAGUGAUCAAGGAUUGGACGCAGGAUGAUUUCUAUUACUCCAACGCUCGUGGCGUUGACCCCAACUCUUUGAGAUGGACCAGGCAAUAUACCCCAGUCCUGCUGACUGUCGUCGAUAUCGGCCCAGACGCAGAUCAAUUCGAAAUCAAAGCUGCUGGGAAACUCAUUGGAAUGACAGCGCGGUUUAAUCCGUCCAGGGACAUCGGCGACUGUAAUGGGAAGGAGGACGCUUGCGUCGCCGCGAGUGCACGUUCUGGAUUGUUCAUUAUCCCCGCAGGCGUUUCGAUCGCCAAGUUGCAAACCGUAUCACCACCCCCAGCGAGUGGCGCCACUUUUACGGGAUACAAGUACAAGGUCGAGAAAUGGGAGUGCUGA